AUGGCGUCCUCCCUACAACCCAAUGGCACCGCAGCCGACCACGCCGCCGACCCCAACCCAGCGCAACAAAAGCUCCUCGACCCGCAGACCGUCCGGACUCCCGGCCGCCAACCCUCUCCUCAGCCCACACAUCUUGGUGUCUCCGGUGACUCGCACGUCUCCCACGUCCUCUCCGAGUCCGGGCCCGGCUAUGUCGCGCCCACCUUCGAGGGCAAGGAGCAGCAGAUGGAGCGGGUGAUGGACGCGGUGGAAGAGAAGGGCUUCAUCCCCGCCGACCUGGUCGAGACGGAGGUCAAGUGGUUCUACAACGAGCUCGGCAUCGACGACAUGUACUUCUCCACCGAGUCCGCCGACGCCAUCGUCAGCCACAUCCACUCCCUCUACGCCGCCAAGGUUGCCGCCUACGCCCGCGACGACAAGAAGCUGGAGAUCCGGUUGGAGAAGGAGGCGGCUGAUCAUGCCGUCUACAUUGAUACCAGCAGACCCGGCAUCUCCAACCUCCAGGGCUCCGGCUUCGAGUCACGCAUGGAGUCGAAGUACUUUGAUGGCAGCAGAGGCUUGCACAGUUACCGCAUGGAGUCCUUCCGCUCCAAGAGCAAGCUGCCGGAUGCAACGGACGAGGAGGCUUCACUCCGCUGCUACUUCAUCUACCAGUCGGUCUUCAAGAACCAGAACCCCGCGCCCGGCGAGACACGCAUCGAGGAGCUGGGUGACGAGCGCUUCCUGCAAAAAGCCACCAAGAACACCCUCGACAUCUACCAGCGCAUCUUGGACGUCGUCGCCGUCCGUACCGGUCCCGUGAUCGACAUGUACGAGAUUGAAGGCACGCGCGAGAAGAGAUUGAUUGUCGGCUUCAAACAAGGCUCUGCUCUGGGCCUCUUCGCUGCCCUGAGCGACCUGUACCACUACUACGGCUUGACGUCGUCGAGGAAAUACAUUGAGCAGUUUAGCAAUGGCAUUUCCAUCAUGUCAAUCUACUUGGUCCCGGCGCCCGGCUCGGAGACGAACCACGCCCCAAUUGAAGCCAGCAUCCACCAGGUCACCAAGGAGAUUUCCCUGCUGUACUGCGUUCCGCAAAACCGCUUCCAACACCACUUCAUCAGCGGGCGCCUGUCUCUGCAAGAGUCCAUCUACGCACAUUGCGUGUGGGUCUUUGUCCAGCACUUCUUGAACCGUCUGGGCACCGAGUACAACACCCUCAAAUCCGUCUUGGACAUGAGCAACAAUGUCCAGGCCGAGCUGCUUUCCAAGCUCAAGAAGCGCCUGCGUAACGAGACGUUCACAGCCGACUACAUUCUGGAAAUCAUCAACCAGUAUCCCGACCUCAUCCGCUCCCUCUACCUCAGCUUUGCCAGCACUCACUACGUUCACACUCGUGGCGAGCAGGAUGACUUCCUUCCCACGCUGUCAUACCUCCGCAUGAAGGUCGACCGUGUGCUCACCGAUGACGAGCACAAGGACCUCAUCUCCAAGAGUGCCGUCAACGAGCACCACGAGAUGGUCAUGACUGCUUUCCGCGUCUUCAACUCCGCCGUCCUCAAGACCAACUUCUACACCCCGACCAAGGUCGCCCUCUCCUUCCGCCUCAAUCCUUCCUUCCUGCCGGCCGAGGAGUACCCCCAGCCCCUCUACGGCAUGUUCUUGGUCAUUAGCUCGGAGUUCCGCGGCUUCCAUCUCCGCUUCCGAGACAUUGCGCGUGGUGGUAUCCGUAUCGUCAAGUCUAGGAGCCGUGAAUCUUACUCCAUCAACGCCCGUCUGCUCUUCGAUGAGAACUACAACCUCGCCAACACGCAGCAGCGCAAGAACAAGGACAUCCCAGAAGGUGGCAGCAAGGGUGUCAUUCUUCUGGACCUGCAGCAUCAGGACAAGAUGCAAGUGGCGUUUGAAAAGUACAUUGACAGCAUCAUCGACCUGCUGCUGCCCCCACACAGCCCGGGCAUCAAGGACCCCAUUGUCGAUUUGUACGGCAAGGAGGAGAUUCUGUUCAUGGGCCCGGAUGAGAACACGGCGGAUCUGGUCAACUGGGCGACGGAGCAUGCCCGCGAGCGCGGCGCUCCGUGGUGGAAGUCUUUCUUCACCGGCAAGUCACCUAAGCUCGGUGGCAUUCCACACGAUCACUACGGCAUGACUACGCUCUCCGUGCGCGAGUACGUACUGGGUAUCUACCGGAAAUUGGGACUGGAGCAGAGCGAAGUUCGCAAGCUGCAGACUGGUGGACCAGACGGCGAUCUUGGCUCCAACGAGAUCCUGCUCUCGUCCGAAAAGUACACGGCCAUUGUGGACGGUUCGGGCGUGCUCAUCGACCCCAACGGAAUCGACCGGCCGGAACUAAUGCGCCUCGCCAAGAACCGCAAGAUGAUCAUCGAGUUCGACGUUUCCAAGCUGUCCAAGGACGGCUACCGCGUGCUCGUCGACGACAACAACGUCACCCUGCCCUCGGGCGAGGUCAUCAACAACGGCACCACCUUCCGCAACACCUUCCACCUGCGCAAUCAAGAGCACUACGACGUCUUCGUCCCCUGCGGCGGCCGCCCGGAAUCCAUCGACUUCUCCUCCGCCAGCCGCCUCAUCUCCGAAGGCAAAUCCACCAUCCCCUACAUCGUCGAAGGCGCCAACCUCUUCAUCACGCAGGAGGCCAAGCUCCGCCUGGAAAAGGCCGGGUGCAUCGUCUUCAAAGACGCCUCGGCCAACAAGGGCGGCGUCACGAGCUCCUCCCUCGAAGUCCUCGCCGCACUCUCCUUCUCCGACGCCGAGUUCCUCUCGCACAUGUGCGUCCAGCCCGACGGCACCGUCCCGCAGUUCUACCAGGAAUACGUCAAGGGCGUCCAGGCCAUCAUCCAGCAGAACGCGCGGUUCGAAUUCGAGGCCAUCUGGCGCGAGCACGAGGCGUCCGGCACGCCCCGCAGCUUGCUCUCCGAUCGCCUGUCCGAGGCGAUUACCAAGAUGGACGAGGAGUUGCAGCAGACGGAGCUGUGGGAGAAUGUGGAUCUGCGACGCAGCGUGUUGGAAGAUGCGCUGCCGCCUUUGCUGCUGCGGGAUAUCGGCCUCGACAAGAUUUUGGAGCGGGUCCCGGAAAACUACCUCCGCGCCAUUUUCGGCAGCUUCCUCGCCAGCCGCUUCAUCUAUUCCAUGGGCAUCUCCGCCUCGCCCGUCAGCUUCUUCGCGUUCAUGAACCACCGCAUGGCGAGCGUCAGGCGGGGCUCGGGGACGAGCGUCAGACGGGGCUCAGCGGUGCGGACGUAA